AUGGAAGUGCACACUCUCCUUCAGGCAACGUCAAGUGAAGUGCCCUUCGUACAGCGACACUCUUUCAAACCACCGAAAGACCCGAAUGUGCUGAGGGAGUGGAGCAAUGCGACAGGACGCACAAAUUUCAAAGUUACGCAAAAAACAUUUAUCUGUGACCUUCACUUUGAUGCAGCGGACAUUUGCACCUCCUCCCAGCAUGUUGUGAAUGGCCAAACAGUCUCGAUUCCGCGAGGACCGUGGUGGUUCAAAAAAGGUGCGGUACCGCGGCACUUUGUCAAUUGCGCUGAGCAUGCUUUGAAGCUUUGUGUAGAAAAUGUCGGCACAAAUGCAGCAAGCGCGCUAGUGACCCAAGAUGGCAUUACCUCAGUUUUUCGAAGCGAAAGUGAGACGUGCGCGGAAAUGUUUGAACAUGGAAACAGGGCCGCCUCAAAUGCUGAAAGCAUUGAAGUCACCAUGAAAGAAAGCUCCACAGGUGAACAUUGGUUUGGUGGCAUAGAAGACUUACCCAUGCAUGGAGCAUGGUGUGUGCAGCACAUGGAGGAGCGUGUUGUUUUUUACAAACUUGAAGAAAUUGGUGGUGUGGUUUCUAUUGAAAGAGCAGUCAUUAUAAUUAAAAACUCGGCCGUGGUUGCUAACGGAAAACUUGUGCCGGAAUCCUCUUACACCAUUCAUGAAUGUGCCAAACUCAGUUUUACCACCUUGAACGACGCAGCGCCCUUUCUUCAUCUCAUGGGAGUCUGCGUGUCUGCACUGGUUUUGAUUCUCGUUCAUGUCCUUCAAUAUCAACUUCGAAGAUAGCUGUCAAGUCUGGGAGGAUAUGGAGAAGCAAAAAAUGUGCAGUGCUGUCGGCGAAAGCCAUAUGCGUUCAGUGCAAGAAAGCAAAAAAGAAGUUGCAGUGCAGGAAGA